AGCUGAUGAGGUGUGCGACCAGCGGGUGCGAGCUGCUGCUGCCAGUAGUAGUAAAGAUGGCGACGGUCAUGCAAAGACAACGCUCCCGCAGGAGGCUGGCGGCACUAACAUUUCUCUCGAAUAUCUCCCUCGAUGGCACUCACAGGGACACGAAACUUUCGCAGUACGGAAGGGCGGGUUUUUUGGGGAAAGUGGCUGGGCCUGAGGUCAAAGGAAGCGACGGGGGAACAGAUGACAAGAGGAGCAACAACAAGGAGAACCAGCUGAACAGAAAUGAUUGCAAAGGAAAGAUCUGGAAUAAUUCAGUUGCACCUGCUGGGGCAUCAAGUUGUGCUCAAGAUACAUCCGAGAUUUAUACUGUCUCUACAAAUGACAAGGUUUACAGUGAUGGAGGGACAGCCACUGUUCAUUAUGUGCCUGUUCAGUUCAGGGACAGAACUAAUACCAAUCAUGCAGAGGUGGUUGAUCGUCAUGGGAUGCCGCGGAAACGAACUCAUGUGUCUGUAGUGGAAAAGACGGGCUUUUUUAGUAGUAAUGAAAGUAUAGGUGGACCAUUGACUGUUCCUCGGGCUAUGGACUUCAUUGUGGUUGGUGGUCGGACACGCAAGCAUUCUGGUAGUGUUUCUGACUCCUCUGGUCCACCCAGCAAAGAAGUCAAGUUUAUGAAAACUGCCCAUGAGCUUCAAGCACGUGAUGAGCGGAUUGUUUUGAUGUCUUCUCAUAAGAUUCCAUUCCAUAUUUUUUCUGCUCUUCCCUACAAUAGAUCCAAGCUUGGAGGUAAGAGUGAUGGUCGUGGGGAAAGUGGCCGUCGGCGUCAUGCUUCGGGUAAUCGCCCCUUAUCAACAAUCAGUGAUAAUGCUGAUCCUGCUCACAUAAUUGGGCUUGAUCGGACUGAUGAAGUUGUGGAAAUAUCCUACUGUGAGCUUUUAGAACCAUCGCGUAGCUUCUUUUGCAAGCCCCGCCGCCAACAGUCAGAACACGUUGAAUAUUUAGAUCAGAAUGAAAGGUGCAUCCAUCCUGGUGUAGCCCGAUGCUUCAGCUAUGAGCCUGCUACGCAUAAAGCAACUGCCCAUUAUGUCCCACAUUCCCCUCAUGGACAUGUCGAAAAAGGUGUGGUUUCUGGCUCAGCAUCAGUGACGGGAACUUUCACCUUAUUGAGGGCCUUAGAAGCUGGGGAGCACAUGAUUAGAAAGGGAAGUGCCUAUGAACUUGAUGAAUGGCGUUGUCCAACAUCUGGACAUGCUGCAAGUAUGCCCUAUGUCCCUAACAUGCUGGAUGACCCAGAACUCCGUGCUGGCAAGCAUAGAAAACUCUUACGUUUUCCAUCGUACAUGACUUCUGUUAUGGACUACACAAAACCAUCAGAACUGAAGAAAGAAUUGAAUGACAAGUUCCGAGGAAAAUUCCCUCAAAUUCAGCUUACCCUCAGUAAGCUAAGAAGUUUGAAAAGAGAAAUGUUGAAGAUUGCACGACAGGAAUGCGACAUAGAUCUUUUGACAGUUGCCCAUGCCUACGUCUACUUUGAGCGCUUGAUCCUCAAGACUAUUGUCAACAAACAGAACCGUAAAUUAAUAGCGGGCGCAUGUCUUAUCCUUGCUGCAAAAAUGAACGAUGUAAAAGGAGAAGCACUGAGCAAUUUGAUAGAGAAAACAGAAAGUACAUUCCGGUUGAAUAGGCGUGACCUUACACAGUGGGAAUUUGCAUCUUUAGUGGCAUUGGAGUUUGGUUUGCACUUACCAACCUGGCAUGUGACUCCGCAUUAUCAACGGUUACUCUUCGAAUCUUGACGAAAACACAAGGCUGUCAACCAUUCAUUAACAGUGUAGCAAAUUCCUGUAGGGAGUUGGUAGGUGCAUUGCGUUAGAAGAAUUUGAGUUUUCAAUUUUUUGUUCUGAUCAUCCAAUUUUUUUUUUUAAUUUUUAUGAACCAGUGACUGAAAAAAAAGAGGAAUUUCUCUCUUUUUAUUUGUAUUUAAAUAACCAUUAUGAUUUAUCAGUUAAGGAAUGAAUUUACAAAUAUUCUUAUAUGAAUACACUUAAUUAUUUAUGCAACUGCUAGUGUUUUGUAUUUUUACCUGUCAGAGGUGAAGAAAGUAGACGAUUCAAUUUGUUGUGAAGUACCAAUACCAGUGGUAGUUGUAAUUGCAGAUAGAUCAUAGAAACUUGAGAAGGAACCACCUCACUCAUGUUCUUUUGCUAAGCUUGAAGCUUUGCUUACCUGCAGUCAGGGGAUGAUUUAUAUCUACAGUAAUUAUAUUCAUAUGCACAAUUUUCAAAUGACUGAUUCUUUUACUAAUUGUUUUUAUGUAAAGUCAAAAAUAUGUUAAUAUCUUGGUUUUCCAGACUAGAUAGCAUUUCCGAUACGUAUGUUAGUGGUAUUCAGUUCUUUUUUAUACUUAUAAAAGCCUGUAAUAAAAUCAAACUCUUUUGUGCAUGUAGCACAUUAUUAAAUUUUGGUUUUGGAAGUUCUUGGAGGGUGCAGGGAACAUUGGCAACUGGAACUACUACUGUAUCAUUGCAUGUCCUUUGGUUUAAGAGGCACAUGCCUUUUCUCAUACAUUAUCUGCAAAAUUUUUACUGGUAGUAAAGGAGUGAGUUAGGUAUAUUUGGUCUUGAUCUGUUUACAUGCAAUUCAGUUGUAAUUUCCUGAGUCCCAGGUAAUAACUGGCCAGAUAUUCGCAUAAGGUAAGGUUUGAGUGCCAUUUAUCCAUACCUUUAUUGUUAUAAACAAGGUCAAGCAAAUAAAUGUUACAUUGCUAACAUGUUAUAUGGCAGUGAAAAGUUUGGGCCAAAAAGAUGUGUCAAAGAACCUUUUAAGCUCUGAAUAGGUAGCUGACACAAGGAAAUAUUAUUUAACAGAUAUGAGUACACACUAGAAGACUGCAUAUUAAUGACAUGGUUCUAUAGAAUUAACAGAUGUCAGGCACAGCGGGCAUCAAACAUUUUGCUCCAGAAACCAUAUUCUUCCUGCUUCCCAUGUUUGACUUUAGAAUCCCCGGUAUCUUCUUCACAUACAGUUCUUCUUCACAUACAGUUUCUGUAUGCUUGAUGGUUCAUAUUGCAACAUGAAAAGUUAUGUAAGAACUGCAGAAUUUUUAUGGUUAACCCACUCUUUGGUUCUGGAAAACACAUUUCCAUAGAUCAGCUUUUUACAGAUUUGAUCUCGUAGCCAAAAUUGCUUGUUAUGUAUAAACUAAAUAAUGUUUAAUAGGAUUAAAUCGCUAGUGCCUGAAGACUGCCUUAAUGUAUUUUUCUCUGUCUCAGAAGCUAGGUUACAAAGUGCAGGUGGGUGCCUGAUCAUCUUCUUACCAAUCUUCAUCACUAUAUGUUGUUAAGGCAGAGAACCAUACAGUUAUAUUGGUUCCCAGCUUCAUGCCAGACUAAUGUAAUGAAUUUAAAAAUGCUGUUAGUCGUCAUAAUAAUGUGAGUUGCAUUGUGUUAGGCUUGUCAUAGCACUUUGAACUUUGUGCACUAUAUCAUUCCAAGAGCGAGGGUAUUUCUCAUGAAAUACCAAUAGCGUCAUGAGAGCCCCAUACAAAACUUUAAGGAAUUCCUUGUCCUUAUGCUGAAACAUUAUAGUAUUUCAUUACCACUAGGACCACAAAGACUGAUAAAUUAUUGCAGGGUUUAUGGUGUCUUGCCAGCAGGUAUACUUGAAUGAGAACCACUCUAAUCUUCACCAUUUCACCUGUUUACCAUAUCUACAGAUGCCAUGCAUACUUGACCAUUUCAGUGAAAUUUCUUUAGAGGUAGGUUACCAUUUCCAUCUCACUAAUUAACUGAAAUUUUCAACAAGUCAUCUAAAUCAUUGUUUAUAGGUCCCUCAGUUUUGUAGGGAAUACUUAAAGCAUGUUAUUUUACAUGAUUGAUGAAGUGAACACAUCUGUAGCACCAUGCCCUUGUUGGUAAGAUAGAACUUCCAUACCAGUGGAUACUGUAUAUCAAAUGAACACCAUAGUUCCACUGUAUUUACUAGAAGUGUCAACUGUGUCAGUUCAAGUUUCCAAUUUUAUGCAUACAUGCAUACUAGUAGCCAUCUGAUAGAACAUUCCUGUGGCCCAUUCUUCUUUGAUUGCAGAUGUUACUCAUUUCUAAAGUGGGUCCAUGUUCUUAGCUUUAUGUGAAUAAUAUUAGAUCCUUCUUCCAUAAUGUGCUAUUCACUUGGAAAAUGUAAGAAAUUGUUUAGAGAUAUAGUUAUGAAACUGAAAGGAAAAUUUGUUUCUUGACAUAAAAAGUUAUAUUCUUCAGGGAAAUAAUUUCUUUAACUCGAUAAAUUGAAUAGGUCUAACUGCAGGAGAUCAACAGAGUGAAGUGAGUGGUUGGAGAUUGUCUCCCUCAAGAAUUUUCAGUCAUACAUUGGUACUUCACCAGUGUUUUGCCAAAAAAUUUUAGCAGUCUGCUUUCUCCCCUGUUAGCAGUUAAAAAUAUGUGUACACAUGAAAGAAAGUUAUGCGUUGUGUAAAACUGUUUACAAAUAUUUGGAUAUUGUGUAUGAUUUAUAAGCAAUAUUGGUAAUUUUUUAUCAGUUUUAUGCAUAUUUUCUUUAAGGAUUUUUGGUCAGUUGUUGUGUCAGGAUUUCAUUUGUUAAAAGGUAUACUAGCACAGUAUUAUUACAAAAUUUACUUCUGUAGAAAUAUUUUAUUAGAUCCAUGUCAAUCUGUAGUACUUGAGAAAAACUGUUUUACAUUGAUAUCCUAAUGGAACCAAUGCUCAGUUGCACAUGUGUAAAAUGGUUGAAUCUAUAGACUAGCUAUUCCAAUGACAAACUUGCUGCUGAAGUUAUGGAGGUUUUCCUACCAUAGUUACAAUGCAGUUUAUUGUACAGCGUAUUAAUCUCCUGUUGAUUCAUUUUCAGUAUAAAAUGUGAUGCACUAAUUUCUUUAAAACCUUUGAUAAUGUCGUUUAUUCUGUAGCACUGCACAUCAUUUAAAUAAUAUAUGUGUGUAAUUUUAUUGCAAUUGAUUUCUGAUCUCUUAUGAUUACUUUUUUUAUUAGCAUUUUUACAGUGUAUAAGAUGUAGAAUUAAUCUGCAAACCAAUUUCUCUGUUAAUAAUUGAUUUAUAUGAUUUUCCAUUUUGUAGUGAGGGAUACUGAUAUAUUAUUAAAACAUCCAUUUGUAAUAUAAAUGUAUUUAUGGGAGGAAUUUCAUUGUUAUAUCUUGAUUGCCCUGCACUUGCUUUUUAUUUUUGUUGUAUCCUCAAUCAUCAGUGCAGUAUUAUCUUUGUGUUUUGUCUAGCUGUUCAUUUUAUGUUAUAUGACAAUGUAACUGAUGAUGCUAGUUUUAGAGGCUAAAUAAUAGUGCAAUUACUUAAUUUCUCUGUAAUGGUAAUAAGUAGAAGGGGUAGUCCUUUAAAAGCAGAAAAUAUAGUAGAUUCCUUUUCAUGUAUGCAUGGCUGUUUCCUUCUGGUGGCAUGAGAGAUGAAGCAUUCAUACCUUUUUCAGUGCUGCUAGAAUUGUGAAUGGAAUGCUUAACAUGUUUUUUUGUUUUAGGUAAGCAAGGUUUUGAGAAAGGUUGUAAGAUGACUCUUUCUAUGAUGGUCUCAUUAUGUUAGAAGUUUCUUGUUAAAUUUGUGUGUAUUGUUGCUCCCAAAAAGCUUUUUAAUUUACUUGGAGAUUGCAUCAUUUCAUUACUUGAUUAUUUUUUGGCUUUGGUAUUUGACAUUUAUAGUGCUAGUUUUGUCUUGCAUGCAUCAUUGUGCCAAGUUUUACAGGGUGGCUUUAUUGCUCUAGUCGUAUUUUAUCUGCUAUUGUAUCAGUUCUUAAAAAUUUAAAUUGAAUGAAAAUUUACCACUUGUUGGAACAAGUCUUUUAAGGCACCCAGAUGGUUUUUCUAGCUGAAGUUCCAUAACUUUGACUCCUUAACUCAGUAUAUGAUGCUUUUGAAAGACGUAGGCUGUAUGUGUAAUAGUUGUAUUUUCUGCUAAGCAUUUUUUUCCUGUGUACAGUACUUAACGUAUGGUUCUUCAAGUUUAUUUAUAUUACCUUCUUACAAUCAUUGAAUAUGGAUGUGAGCAUCUUUUCCCUGGGGCUCUUGUUCAUCAUAAUCGUACUGUAUUUUAUUUAUGUGGUUCUAAGUAGAGCCAGUUGUACAAUAUGAAGCAAUAUGUAUUUUAUACUACGAGUAAUUCUUGUACAAGACUACAUAUUUUCAUUUGUUGUUAUUGUUACUGAUAAUUUACUGGUAAUGAUGUUAGUAUACAGUAUUCAGUCAGUUCAUUGGCAUCACGAAUAUAUUUCAGUUUUACAAUGAUUUUUUUCUUCAGCUGUUACAACAUGAAAAGGAUAUUCACUGCUUUGCUAAAACUAGUCACAUAACGAUCAUGUUGCAUUUUUCUAUUUUGCUUGUAAUCGUUACCUUUCAACUUGUAAAUCGUGCAUUUUUUGUCUCUUGUUUUGUUUAAAAUUUCCAAAAAUGUUUGAGGAUGGACAAAAAUGAAGUAAUCCUUAAUGGAGUGGAUUUUAGUAUGUUACUUAAUUCUGAAGGAUUGUGGAGUAAGUUUUAGGAUAAAACUUAGUGUAUUGAUAUAAUAAAUAUGAAGGUUUUGUGAUGAAGAAUUUCUUGUACUUCAAAAAGUGGGGUACAAUUUUAAGAUUUCAUUUUGGCAGUAAAGGACAAGUACCACAUGUUAAAGCAAAGUGUCUUUAAAAAGCAGGUUUCGCUCUUUUCCCAGACAACCUUUGAAAAGCAUUUUGCCCAUUGUAUUUUUUGAAAAGGCUUAUCAGUCAUGGAUUAUAGAACAGUCUGAUGACCACCUUUUAUUCAGUGAAUCAAAUGUAGUUGUCAGUUUGCACCAUUGUCUUUUUAAGGCAGUUUUGGUUUGGACCAUUGUCUUUAUAAGGCAGUUUUGGUUUGGUUGAAUUGUUUAAGAUUAUUCUUUAAUGUGGCAUGAUGUGAUGGAAUUAGUAGUUUAGUGAAGGCAAAUAUAUUCAUAUUUUGAGGUUCCGUAUGUGAGGAGCUUUGAUGGAGGUAUUAUAUCUUGUGUCACUUGGCUUGUACAAGGAUGUAAAGUAUAAUGUGUGAUGAGGUACAAAAAGUUGUUUGUAUUUAUUGUUCAAAAAUGAACUAAAUUUGAAACAGAAGUUCAAACUUUUUUGUAUUUAAGAUUUUUCCAGGCUUAUAGUUCAAAUUAUUUAAUAGAAGCUGAUCAAAUCUCUGUCUAAUGCUAUUGGUUAUGGUAACUUUAUUUUAAGAAAUAAGUUCCUUGUAAAAAAAAAAACUGGUCUUAGAACCUGCAUACUUUUUUUCCAGUUUUUGUUUCAGAGAUAAACAUGUAAUUUGUCACCUUUGCUUUCAUGUUGUCUUUUAAGUUUAUAUAUAUUUGUUCUACUGUAUCUAUUCUGUACCUGAUAUGAUAGGUAGUGGGCCAAAGCUUCAAUUUCUAUCCAGUGGAAGAUAUGUUUUCUCGGAUUAUUUUCUGACUUAAACCAAGAUUUUCUUGGGCACCUUGUGCCACCCAUAUUACACUGCCAAAUAUUUAAAGCACAAAUACCUUUAGUUUCUUUGGAUCUAUUAUUUACUUGAAUGUUACCUAUCGUUUUGAAUGUUCAUUCCUGAUGGUAUGACAUAGGUGUAAGAUUUAUCAUGCUUUGAUCAUUGAAACGAAAUGAAAUUUUAGGGUGUAUGCCAACCUUAUGAAGUUUAGAUUAAUUCUCCUUUGAUUAUGAUUGAUUGAAAUAUUUGUAAGUGGUGUUAGAGGCUUUGCUACAUUUUGUCAUGUCCAUAUUUUUCAUGUCUUUUUAAUAAUAGGUUAAAUGCUUAGUAGGUUAGAAUUUUUUGUAGUUGUGACCCAUUAUCUAUAACCUGAAGUACAAUUACUGAUGCUGUAAAGACUUUAUAACCGUUUUAAUGUGUAUAUUUUGGUGAGGGAUCACUAAUCUUGGAAGUGAUAAGCAUGUCGUUUUUGGUAAUGGAAUAGCUUCUGCAGAGUAUGCACACAGCUACCAUGAUAGUCAAAAAUAUAUAUUACAUGAUCUAUCCUAUGUAAUCUUAUAAGUAUUUAUGUAAGAAUUCAAGAGAAUUAUUUAUGGUUGUCAAUUCAAAGUAACCACUAUUCAACUUUAACCUUGCUGCAGAUAUAGUACUAUUUCUUAUUAUAUAUUAUUGCUGCUGUCAUGCAGUAAAUUUGAAGAAGCAAUGGAAAAAAGCACUAUAUGUAAUUAUUUUUUUAUACAUUGAUUAUCUUGAAUAUGCCCUAUGAAAAUUUACUUUCUUGACCACUGUUCAUUUUAUUCUUACAAUAAGAAAUGGUCCUACUUCAUUAGAUGAAGCAGCAUUAAGAACAUGAAUUUUGUUAGUUGCAAGCUCAUGAGCUUCAAUAUUUCUGUCUGCGAUAAAAAAAAAAUGAGUACUUAUAUAUGCUUUGUGCUCGACUGAAAUUUUCCCCUGUGAUGUGAUGUGACGUGAUUUACUUGCUUUAAAGGCCUUUAUAAGGGUAUUUGAAAACUAUGGUCAUUGUAUUCACACAGAUUUCUAUAUUUUACAACAAAAAUUAGUGAUUAUGAAUAAGGCUGUUUGAUGUGCUUGCAUGUUCCUUGCAGUGGUAGCUGUCAGAAAUAUUGUUCCCAAAUGUUUACAGUGGCCGUGACCUCUGUAAUGGAACGAUAUGUACCUGAAAAAAAUAUAUAUAUAUAUAUUUAUCUACAGUAUAUUAUGUAAAUCUAGUUUAUAGGGAAUAGAAUAUGUAAUGUUCUGUAUAUAUACAGUCUAAAUAAUUCGUAACUUAUCAGGAUUCUCAAUUUAUUUUCAUGUCAGUUGUAUAAUUCAUAAUUUAUUAAUCAAAGCUUCUGUCUUUAAAAUAAGUACAGUUAUACAUGUCAAAUGUAGUGGCUGCCUGUUAUAAACAAGCAAGAGUACAUUUCCUUUGCCAAGCUACAAUCCCAAGAUGUCUUCUGCUCUGUGAUAUGUUAUAAAGUGCAAUCAGGAUGCAUGCAAUCAGCAAAUGUGGUAAAGUAAAAACAUAUGAACUGUGUUCAUAAGUCUGUACUUAAUGUUGUAAGUGUCUUCAUAAAAAAUGCAUGAUAUUUAUCA